AACAAAAUUUUGAAUGGCCAAAAGUAAAAAUUAAAAUAAAAAUAAUUUUAGUAGAAGCCAGAAGGUAUUAGGCAACUAGAAUAAAAGUAUAUAAUUUGGUGUACAUCGUAUUCUAAACUAACUACUGAAUUUUGUUAUCAAGUACUGUUGUUAAAAAAUAUUAAAAAUGUUUGACAAUCUAUCUAUUUGGAAAUGGCAUAUGGAUUUUGUUGGACAAAAACAUGCAGAGUACUUAUUUAGAACUAUUAUUACAUUAUGUGGCUUCGUCGGCUUUAUUUUAGGAUAUGUUAAAGAGCAAUUCUCAAUCACUAUUGGUUUAACAUUGAUUGGAUUUUUUGUUUCUGCUCUUUUGACAAUCCCACCUUGGCCUUUUUAUGCUCGCAAUCCUUUAAAAUGGCAAAAAGUGAGAAAACCGGCAAAGCAAAUUGAAACUGAAGAAAACAAAGAUGAAAAGGAUAAGAAAAAGAAAAAAAAGUAAUUACUAAGUUGUGGGUGUUAUGCUGUUCAGACAUUUAAAUAUUAUGUAUAUUCUUCCUAUCAUAUGUUAUGUAAAUUAUAGUUUGUUUAAAAUAAACACGUAAACAUAUACCUGGCAA